GUGAUCCUUGUCUUACUCACACGCGUUUUCAACCAAUCAGCCAAAGCCACGCGUAUCACAAUCUCCACGGAGACGGAGACGUAACCGUUGAUACGUGCUUUCUAACAUAACCGGGCAGUUCGAAGCUUCGAAAGUCCUCGUCGUCUCUUGGUGCUCCAACUCCUCCGUUUCUCUGCUCGCUCUGCUUCGUACAGCUCAAGCUUCCUGUCGAUUCGAUUCGAUUCCUUGACCUAGCUCGAUUGAUCCGACGGUCCAGAAGCUCCUCAAGCCAUGUCCAUGUUCAAGUUCUGGGGAUCUCAGGAGGAACAAACUCAGCCGCGGCCGGAGGUUGUUACUCCUUCACAGUCAUGGUACCCUCCAUCUGUAGUUAACUCUCCAACCUCUUCUCGCCCUGGAACUCCAAGCAGCACUUCUUCUAGCAGUUUGAGCUACCAAAGGCUUACAGAAAAGGCACCGUCUCCAUCACAUGUUUCGCCCGCCGAAGCUGCCGGUGUUAUUGCUGUUUUGAAGGACAAAAGUGUUGAUGAGCUACGGAAGCUUUUGGCUGACAAGGAUGCAUACCAGCAGUUUUUUCUUUCCCUCGAUCAGGUCAAAAUUCAAAAUAAUCUACGAGAGGAGCUACGGAGGGAAACGCUGCAAUUAUCCAGGGAAAACUUGGAAAAAGAACCACGCAUGGUGGAACUUAGGAACCAGUGCAGAAUAAUUAGAACAACCGAGUUGGCCGCUGCUCAGGAGAGGCUAAAUGAGCUUGAGAGGCAGAAAGAAGAAACUUUGAAGCAAUAUUCCCCUUCUUCUCUUCUCCAUAGGCUUCAAGAAUCGAUGAAUAAGACAGAGGAAGAAUCCGAAAACCUGCACCAGCAGCUCAUUGAUAGGGAGGUUGAUCUUGGGGGUUUUGUGGAGAAGUACAAGAAGCUUCGUACGACUUACCACAGGCGAGCACUUGUUCAUCUUGCCGCAAAAACUUCUUCGAUUGGAUGAACUUGUUAUGAUAAAAACAUGUACACGUUUUAAACAAUAACUCUUAUUAGAAAAAGUUGAAAAGAAUACAUUUGAUGGUUGCUUCUUGUGGCUCUGUUUGUGCGUACCAUUUUGGCGAUCUAUUUGUCUUCUCAUACAAGCAUUCAAUUUUGAUUGUAAUUCUGUGUAUAAGCAUAAUGUUUUUCCCUA